AAAAUGAAAAGAGUCAAAGAAAGCGGUGCGGAAUUCCGCAAAAAAAGGGCUAAGAAAGCAGCAGAUGCGAAAAAGUCUCAAGGUGCAUUACUGAAAUAUUUCAGUUCUAGUUCUGGUUCGAAAGCCACGUUAACGUCUUCGGUGGCAUCCUGCAGCAGUGGAAGUGAUUCCAGUGCACAAGAAGAAGACGUGCCUGGCGUCGCAGUUGGAAGUAGUUCUGGUCCCACCACAGAGCAGGGUCAAGACGAAGUCGACUCACCAGAUGUGCCUCAAGCAUCUAGUCAUAAGCCUGCAGAAAAAGUGAAUGUUGCCAAAGAAGACAUAAUUGAAAUCGUGCCUUCUGCUCCUGCCGAAGUCAAAGAUGUGAAUCUCGACGAUGUAGGUUGCUGGCCUUCUCCUAUGACCGACGAAGUCAGAACGCUUCUAGUACGUCGCGGGUCUGACUCAGUACAGCACAUCGAUUCCAAAUUUGCCGAUGUUGUUCGCUCAGGGACUUCAACGAAAGGCGGUACCCGAAAACUAACCAAAGAGUGGUUCUACAUGAAUAUUCAAAUUGUAUACCUAACUUUUUUGCCUAGGUUUCGUGAUCGAAGUCUGAAGAGAGAUAAGUCUGCAUCGAGGAGUUCGGAGCUGGACAGCAGCCCGAACUCCGCGGGAUCCAGGUCUCAUGAUGGUGACCAGGACGAUGAUGACGAUAGCCUCGACAUGAAGAGCAAGAAGAACAACAUCCAGCGAUGGUACUCAUUUAGGACAAGCACGCUGAAUGGAGGACCGAAAGCUAACAACACUUUGACACCAACGCCAAACCAAAAGGAUCCUGAUUCUUAUUUGUCGCGCCCCAUGUCCUCACUGUCGUGUGGUCAGCUGCAUAUCCUGAGAAAGUUGGCUCUACUGCGUCUGACAGCCUGCAUGGAGCGGUACUGCCCCUCCCACAAAUCUGGCUGGAACUGGGAAUUACCUAAACUUAUCAGGAAGAUCAAGACCCCUGAUUAUAAAGAUAAAACAGUUUUCGGCGUUCCUCUCACAGUGUCCUUACAAAGGACGGGGCAUGCGCUCCCGAAGCCCAUACAAUGUGCUCUAAACUGGCUGAAGAAUAAUGCGUUGGAUCAGAUGGGAAUCUUCAGGAAAGCCGGUGUGAAAUCCAGGAUAGCAAAACUCAGGACGACUGUAGAAGCGGCUGGAGCCUCAAACGCGUCCUUCGCCAUCGAGAACCUGAACACGAUUGAACCAAACCAGUCGAGCCUGAACUUCGACGGUGCGCAGGCGCAUGACGUAGCUGAUAUGGUGAAGCAGUACUUCAGGGAGCUGCCCGAUGCGUUACUCACUAAUAAGCUCAGUGAGACGUUUAUUGCUAUAUUUCAACAUGUCCCUGAACCACUAAGGCCUGAUGCAGUGCAGUGCGCGUUGUUAUUGCUGCCAGAAGAACAUUUAGAAGCUCUGCAUUCUCUUCUCAUAUUUUUGGGAGAGGUAGCAGAACAUUCGGCUGUGAACCAAAUGACGGCGUCUAACCUGGCUGUCUGCCUAGCACCCACACUGCUCAGGCUACACCACGCCCCGCCCCAGACAGGAAGCACGAAGGAAGGAAACUCGAAUAGAAUGGUAAUCGAGAGUGUAGCAGACCAGCGUCAGAUCAGUGAGAGUCGGGCCGCGCACGCGUGCCUGCUGCUCCUCAUCCAGAAGCACGAGCAACUGUUCCUAGCGCCAGCCGACAUGCUGGCCAGGUGCAAAUUCAACUACUUCGAGGAAAGCGUGGCAUUAGAAGAAUUGGGUGCUGACUUCAACCAAGACUGGAAAGGUUUCCAGCAAGCCUGCAUAAAAGCCUUACUCAAAGAAGCCAAAGAAAAAACUCGUGGGUGGAUGUCGGUGUCAGGGGCAGCUCCCCAUGUGGAACUGUGCUGCAAGAAGGUUGGUGAUGGGCAUCCACUGAGGCUGUGGAGAGCCACCACUGAUGUGGAGGCGCCGCCGCAGGAGGUUAUGCAAAGGAUACUCCGUGAGCGACACAUAUGGGACGAUUCGCUAGUGAAGUGGCGUGUCGCUGAGAAACUUGGCACGAAUGCGGAAGUGUUCCAAUAUAUCACUGCAUCCAGCAUCAAUCUGCCGUCAAGGGAUUACUGUGUUUUACGGUCGUGGCAGCAAGGCGGCGGUGGUGGCGGUGGGGGCGGCUGGUGUGCUGUGGCCGAGACGUCAGUGGCGCACAGCGCGGGCGCGGCGAGCGCGGCGGGAGGCGCGGCCGGGGGCGCGGGCGCCGCCCCGGCCGCGGCCAGCGCGCGCGGCGUGGUGCUGGCCUCGCGGUACCUGGCGCAGCCCGCCGGCAAGGGCCGCAGCCGCCUCGUGCAUCUCGCCAGGGUUGAUACCAUGGGAAGAACACCAGAGUGGUACAACAAAUGCUACGGCCACAUUUGUGCCCUAUAUUUAGCCAGAAUCCGGGCUUCGUUCAAGCACAACACAGAAGGGCCGGAAUCGAAUGUAUGAUCCAAGCAUUCCACUUAAGUUGGUACCAUAUUGGCACUGGCUUAAGUUGGCGUUGGUCGCCAAUGUAUAUAGUCUAGACUAAGUUGGAAUUGGACAAUGGAAUCUGGAAAGUCAGAAUGGGUAGGCGCCAGCCAAACAUUUGUUCAAUAUUGGUGUUUGAUUAAAUAUUCUCCAAACAGUUAUAUUAUUAUAGUUGACAAUUAUUGGAUAUUAAAAUAUAGUAUCAAAAGCAAUAGCAUAUCUAAAUAUUUAUUAUAAUAAAAUGUCUGUUUAAAGGUAGUGAAAAUGACAAUUUGACUCUCAUAAAUAGAGAUUUAAACAUACAAUUUAACGGCUUUGUUGCCUUUAAUUACUCAUUUCUUAGACUAUAAACAAAUAUAUAAUAAAUAUUCAGAAUUAUAUAUUUAUAUGUA